AUGUUUCCAAACCCUAUUCUCCAGCAGAUAUUUGCUUAUUUGCCUUUGCCUGAUAGAUUGAGAGCAUCGAGAGUAUCUCGCAGAUGGUAUUAUAAUUGCAACGACCCUCAUUUGUAUCAGGAUGUUGUUUUGAAGGAUCUUGAGUUCAAUACACUCUUGCUGGCCAUGCAGCGUAUUGUUCAGAUCGGCCCUCGUAUUAGAAGCAUCACCAUCGAAGGCUGUUUCUCUGAAUUUAUUCAAAACACAGUGGUGCCUGUUCAAUUCUCAAAUCAGCCUCCCAACAGACCAUUGUUGUUUUCGCACAUUAGAGCCCUUCAGCCUGCUCGCAGACGGCAAGAAUACUUGAAAAAUGGAUUCGAGCUGCACAACCACUUCUCUGACCUCUUUUCGCAACUCAUGGAACUAGGUCUUGCAACUCUUCACACCAUCAAAAUCCUCAACUGCGACUUAGAUUUUGAGAUGACUGAGCUCUUUUGCGCUAUUGCAUGCAAUGCCAACUCGCUCAGCACAUUCCAUUAUGUCAACAAUGGUGAUAAAGGUCUUCAUUCAUCUGGUUUGUUGCAAGCUAUUGUUUCUGGUAGUCCCAAGAUGCGCCAUUUCCGUGGUUUACAUGCUGGCAUGAACGACGCUGUGCUAAUGACAAUGGCAAGACAUUGGCCUCUAUUGGAAUCAUUGACUCUCUGCAGCAUCAAAUCAAAAGAUGUGCUUGAACUGACUGGUCUCAUCAGCGAAGAUGGGCAUGAGCUUCGAGGUGCUUCUCCCACAGGUACAAUUUCAAGUCGCGCAUUCUGGGAACUACUCUGCAAAUGCAAGAAUCUACGAACACUGGAAGUACAUGAUUUGGCUUGUAUCACAAAUAGAGAUCUGGCCCUCUACAAUUCAUUGCGCGAUGCUUUACACGACCAACAGUCGAAAUCUGCUAGAGAAAGCAACAAGCGUCGUUUCAGACCUUAUGAUACCCCUUCCCUAAAGCACUCUUACCAUCACCAUCAUUACAAAAAAAGACACCAUCAACACCAUCAGCAGCAACAACACUUAGAUACCUCUCAACUUGAUCUUCCUGGCUCCUCCCUGCGAAACCUUAGAGUGACAAAGUUCAUUACAACGCCAUUAUCCACUCCUGGAUUUCACGACAUUGCAAAGCUGUUUCCAAACUUGAGCCGCUUCGAAUAUGCUACCAAUUUCUAUACGUUCAACAACCAAUUCGAAGGCGUUACACCUGAAAUGUACGAAGCUGAAAGAGCUGCUGUUGCUGGUUUCAUGGCCACUCAAAAAUCGUUAGUAUAUGAUGGUCAGUGGAAUGAGCCCAUCACUACAGAGCAGCGCCUCAUGGCUGGCAUGACCACCAGAUCAAACGAACAAUAA